AUGGAUGCGAAUAAUAUUCUUCAGCGGGCUAUUGGACUUGCAUUAGGUACGGCUAUCGGUGACGCGAAAGGUAUUGCGUACGAGACGUUAACACGAGAGAAAAUUAUCGAAUUUCAAAAGCAGACCGAUACAAAUCUCUACACUCGUGUUAUCAAUAACCCUUACAUACCGGAAAAUUGGCAAAUAGGACGAUGGACUGAUGAUACGCAAUUAUCAAUAGCGAUGAUGAAAGCAAUUACGAUAUAUCUUCGAACAAAUAAUGAUCUGAUGUCAAAUGUUGUCGAAGAGCAUAUCAUCGAAUGGAAGGAAUCAACUGCUGGCUGGGGUGGAACCAAAAAUGCGAUUGAAAGAUUAGCGACUGGUACUCAUACGUAUCUUAACAGCGGAAAUCAAGCAGAGGGAAAUGGUGUUCUAAUGAAAUUAGCACCGUUGGCGUUCUAUUAUAGUCUUUGUCAAAACACUGACGAUAAUCAAAUUGAAAUCAUUUGUCGCAUGACACAUCAAAGUUCAGUAGCUGUAGCUACAGCAUGCAUCUACGUGCACAUGUGUACUUACUUAUUCGAGAAGAACAACAAUAUUCAAUCCAAAGAUUUUCUUCAGUACCUUUAUGAAUUGAGUAUCAAAUACGAAACGAAGUACGAAUUGAAUGAAGAGAAACAUUUGAUCAGUAGACGUAUCAAACGGUAUCUGGAUCUUGUUAAUUCAUCGUUAGAAAUCGAUGAACGUUCGAUAAUUGAUGUUAGUAAUGGCGGCACUUUCUAUUGUGUUGAUAGUUUAACCAUGGUCAUUGGUCUUAUUGCAUGUUUAUCAACAUGUCAACCUGAUUUCGAGACAAUAAUUCGAGCGAGUGAAAUCGGUGGUGACACGGAUAGUAAUGCUGCAAUGAUUGGAGCAAUCGUAGGUGGAAUGAAAGGUGUUGCAUGUUUAGAUCAGGAACAUAUCGAGCAAGUUUAUCGUAGCGAAUAUGUUCGAAGAAUCGGUGACGAAUUUGGCUUGGCGAUUAUCAAGCGUCUUCAACUUGAAUAUCACUGA